AUGUGGCCAGCGUUUGUCAACACGACACGAGCGGGCGAUGCGGCGCAAGUAGCGCGGUGGGGCCUUACCCGCCGCCCGCUCGGCCAAUCCCGGCGCGUCUCGCCUAUGAUGUCAUCGGAGGAGGAGGCCGACUCACACGCGCCCUACUCGGAUAAACUGCUAAGGAAACAGAAACGCGCCAGACAGCGCGUGGACGCCGGUGAGCCGCGCAAUUCUUACUCGACUCUCACGACGAACGGACUCGCGCCCGCGCGCGCCGCACACAUGAGCGGAGGACUUUACGGCGCCAUCUUCGAGGGCCGCCAACACUUUGGCCUUUUCGGACCGGGCUAUCCUCCGGCCGAAAUGAUAAAUGAACUACUUGGGCGUGCACCCAAGCAAGAAGACCCUAACGAUGAGGCGUCCAGUGGAGACAUUGCGCACCGCGUGCUGCGUGAUAUCUUGCAAAGCCGCAAGAAGGAACUCCUACGCCUAUCGCCUGACAAUAACAAUGUGCUCGCGAAUAAUAACAACGACGAACCCAAGGAGAAGAUGUCCCCGGAGCGGCCGGUGUCUCGUGACUCCCGCCAGGACCUGGACGACGCGUUACUGGCGCUCGACAGCGCCGGUGACUCGCGCACUUCUCCGCCCCUGACGCAUCCACCUAAUGGAUCAGAGUCACUGCUAGCACCCAAGUCUGAACCAGAAGACCGUGAUAGUGACGCUCAACGUUCUUCCCCGCGACCGCUCGAUGUGAAACGUGCUCGUGUGGAAAAUAUAGUGUCGACUAUGCGUUCUAGCCCCGCGCCGCAACAACCGCAAGUGAAUGGCUGUAAGAAACGGAAACUGUAUCAUCCGCAGCAGCAUGACGGGGCUGCAGAGCGCUACGGGACUAGCCACGGCAGCAGUGCACAGACAGUGUCGGAUGAUUCCGAGGACGAUGGUGAACGACCCAUUGAACGUAAGUUAGUAGAGAAAAACGCUCUCAAGUCGCAACUUAGGUCGAUGCAAGAGCAACUCGCUGAGAUGCAAGAGAAAUACGCGCAGCUGUGCAAUCGUAUGGGACAGGAAUCAGAGACAAACGAUAAUGAUGGUGCUUCUAGUGAUGUAGAACAGAUUGAGGACCCAGUGCCUAAGUCAGAGCCCGCGUCACCUGUUAAGGAAGUGCCCCCGCCCAUACCGAAUAGUGUUGCACCUAAUAUGCUCACGCAAGUGAUGCACAAGAUGAUGUCAACUAAGAUGCAUGCGCACGCCGUAGGUCAUCCACACCUGCCAGUGCCUGGGCUUAAUGGUUCGUUACCGAUGUUGCCACACUUGCAACCCGGUGACCAUAUGCACCCUCCUCAUCCGCAUCAACAUCUCAACAAUGCUGCUGCUAUGUACCUAAAUGUAAGUCAAAAAUUGUUCCUAGAGCAGGAGGCUCGUAUGAAAGAAGCUGCUGAACAGCAACAACAACAUAAUAACCAACAACAAAAACCACAAUCUACCCAACACUCACCUCAGCAGAGACAGUUGAUACAAACGCCAAAGCCUCCACCAUCAUCUGAACUAGCCGAGCGGCUCGAAGCGCUUCGAAGUAAUUCAGGCUCCGUGGGGCCUGUGACCGGAGCUGAUCUCGAGGGACUGGCGGAGGUACUUAAGAAUGAAAUAACAGCAUCGCUUGCAAGCCUCAUCGACUCUAUCGUGACACGCUUCGUGCAUCAACGACGUAUCAUGGGCAAGCAGUCUGAGAUAGCAGCGGCGGCAGUCGACAAGCUCAACAUAGACUUCAUGAGAGCACAGCGGAUACUCGCCGAGAGAAAGUCACCGACCCCAAAGCUACCGGAGAGGCCGUCAGGACAGAUGUCAGGUAACCAACCCGUCCAUCACUCGGGUGCGCCAAACGGCGUCCCAUCAUUUAUGACACAUAAUCCAAUGCUGAUGCCUCAAAUGAAUGGCCCCCGCGCGCCGGGUGGUGUGGCGUUUCCGCUGCACGCCGAGGCGAGCGGGCCUGGUCACGGUGCUCACGUGCGACCUCCAACAGGCAUGUUCCAGGCACCGCCGAAACCAUUAGGACCCCUCUACGGACACAUGAAUGGACACUUCGAACGGGAGCCUAAUUGCGAGCAGAAUGAGGCGCUCAACCUAGUCUCGACACCGAAGAAGAAGCGGCAUAAGGUGACAGACACAAGAAUAACACCUCGCACGGUCAGCCGCAUCCUAGGUGGAGAAGGUGUGGGGCAUUCACCGGAAAGUAAAUUCCCGGAGUCACCGUCACCGCGACCUUUCACUGGGCUGUCUACAACUGUAGCGAUUCCAAACCCAUCACUACACGAAAGCCAGGUGUUCUCGCCAUACUCGCCUUUCUUUGGGGCGGGUUUGGCGCGGUCGCCUCCAGCGGUGCCCGAACGGGAGUCACCACCAUUGCCACACGCGCCAGCACUGCUGCACCCCGCUCUGAUCGCGGCGGCGCAUCAUGCCUCACCUGAUUACCUACGCCACCACCAUCCGAACGUGGGUCAUCACGCCGGCCCACAACACCACCCACAUAUGGACGCACAGGACCCGCACUCCGACUGCAACUCCACAGACCUGCCUUACGAUGGAGUUCUGCCUACUUCCUCUACAUUGACGCCCAUGCACCUACGCAAGGCGAAACUGAUGUUCUUCUGGGUGCGGUACCCAAGCUCGGCCGUCCUCAAGAUGUACUUCCCAGACAUCAAGUUCAACAAGAACAACACAGCACAACUUGUCAAGUGGUUCUCCAAUUUCCGAGAAUUCUACUACAUACAAAUGGAAAAGUACGCUCGACAGGCAAUCAGCGAAGGUUUGAAAGCGGCAGAAGACCUUCACGUAGCUGGUGACUCAGAGCUGUACAGGGUGCUCAAUCUUCAUUACAACAGAAAUAACCACAUUGAGGUUCCGCCAAACUUCAGAUAUGUGGUUGAGCAGACUUUGAGAGAGUUCUACCGCGCCAUCCAAGGUGGCAAAGACGCGGAACAGAGCUGGAAGAAGUCUAUCUACAAGGUGAUCUCGCGGCUCGAUGACCCCGUGCCCGAGUACUUCAAGUCGCCGAACUUCCUCGAGCAAUUGGAGUAA